AUGAAACCUUCUCUCGUCGAUACAUCGGAAAACUCUUUAUAUUCGCGAAUAAACCAAUACAGGGACGUCGUGGAUUUCGACACGUUCGUUGAUUUCCUCUAUUCGCGCAAAUACAUCGAUGCCAACGACUACAAAGAGGUCUAUUCGAAGAGCCAACGCGAUCGCAUUGUAGCUUUGAACUACAAAAUCCGCCGCAAGGAGAAUCUAGAAGGCGUGCUGGACGAGCUGCGCAGGCUGCAUCCCCAUCAUGACAAGGCCAUCGAGGAUAACGAACGGUUACGCAGGACUUUGGUCGUCGGGGAAUUCCCGUCGUUGCCGCCUUAUUACGUCACCAGGAAAUCUUUGAUUGAAGAAGUGUCGAUGAAUUUGCAACGAUUGGAAGAAGGUAGAAAAUUGGUGAUACACGGUAUGAUGGGUUACGGGAAAUCGUCGCUCGUCAAUCGGGUGCUCAACGACGUGGAGAUUUUGGCUCUGUUCCAGAACAAAGUGUUUUGGGUUAAUCUAGGAGAGUAUACGAAAAAGGAGGAUUUGCUUAAGCCUCUUAUGUGCAAAUUAUUCAAACGAGUGGGUUCGGUACUGGAUAAGACCGUUUCUCAUUACCCGUCCGAUUUAGAUGAAUUAAAACACGAACUGACCCUUCUAUUUACCGAUGAAAGACUGAACAAAGCACUGAUAGUUUUAGACGACGUUCGAAACAGGCACAUUUUGGAUCUGUUCGAUUUAAAAUGCAGAACUGUUAUUACCACGCAAGAUUUGACCAUUUGCAAUCGAUACGAUAUCAUUCCCAUAAAGGUGGAAAGCGGCUUCGACCUGUCCGAAUCGUUAUCGUUGUUCAAAAAAUCACUGAGAAUGUCCGGCGAUAAUAUCGAUUUACCGCCGGAGGCAUCGGUGAUACACGAAAUCUGCCAAGGGCACCCUUUGCUCAUUUCUCUGAUCGGUUCCUAUUUGAAUGAAAACGCCACCGCCUUCGGAGAUAAUGCCAUUUGGACGCACAUGAUCGAUUUGUUUUCCAACGGAAAUUACAGAUUGAACGAGUACAGUUGCGAUACGCUGGACGUCAUCGGUAUAAUCGAGCAAUGCGUCGAUAAUUUGCUAUCGGACAACAACGGUAACAUGAAGGAUUUCUAUCACGAUCUGGCCAUAUUCGAAACGGAUGUCAACAUUCCGCCCCAAGUAUUGGCCAUAUUGUGGGAUAAGAAUCUCAACGAAGUGCGGAACAUCAUGAACGUGUUGGCGGAAAAGUCGCUGGUCGUUAGGUUUUUCCACGAAAACAUCAAAACUUACAUCUACGGAAUCCACAACAUUUACCUGGCCUAUCUCAAACGGAAAACGGCCAAUACUAUCAGGUUCAUACACAAGAAACUGAUAGCCGGUUACGAUAGAUUGACGAAUAAAAAUUACGCCGAAUUACCCAACGACAAUUACACGUUACAAUUCAUCGGCCAUCAUUUGUACCAAGCGGAGGAAUUCCAAAAAUUCGACGUUUAUUUCGAUUUGGGAUUUUUGGAAUUGAAAUUGAAAGCCGUCGGCAAAGAGGACGUGCUCAGAGACAUGACCGAAUACGAGGAGUUCAUAUGUAAAGGGGAAACGUCCGUCAAACAGAAACUCGAAGAAUACAAAAGCUUCAUUCAAAGAUGCGGCGCCAUGUUGUUUACAUACAACAAAAUGAGCAUCGUCCAGUGCGCUUUGGGCGAAUCGAAAACGAGCCAAAUAUACAGGAGUGCCUUGAAAUUGGCCAACGAAUCUAGUCACCUUUAUUUUCAACUGUUGAGACCUUUCGGAGAAUUGGACUAUUGUAAAAUUAGAAUCGGCGAUGAUAUCACAUCGGCUUGUUUCGUAGAUUCGCCGGAGACGAUUCUCGUCGGUACCGAAGAUGGAAGGAUAAAACUGCUGUACGAUCAAAAAGUGCUGGCGAAUUUCCAACGACAGGAGAAACCGGUGAAAAAUCUGACGGUGAGCCCCAACAGAAGUGCAUUUUUGUCUCUAACCGAAGACGGUACGGUGAAUUUGUUCAAUUUGCCCGUCGGGAACAAAAAGAAGCGGGCGAGCUUCAACGAUCCACAAUCUUCGAAAUUGAUGCAAUUGAAUUGGAAAGACAUGUACACGUCGGACAAAUGCGAAUUUCCCUACAGGACGUUCCGUUUGAAAAACGACGAGAAAAUUACGUCGGCCGUGUUUUGUAAGAAUUUCCCCGAAACCGAUCGAAUUGCUACCGGAACCGAUAAAGGUGACGUUUGGAUUUGGGACGUACAGUCCGGCAAAACCGUUUGCAACACCGGACCCAGGGGAUCGGAGGCUUCCUGUUUGUCCUAUCAUAAGGAUUCCAUAAUGUUCAGUUGCCAAAGCAGCGUGUUGGCCUUUUACGUGACGGCCACCGGUUGCAAGUACCGCUAUCAGUUGCACAACGAUAGAACGUGCAGAUCGGUGUUCGAAUGCGGCGAGAAAAUCAUCACGGUGUCCGAUACGAACGUGAAUCGAUGGAAACGCAAGGUGAAAAGCGAGAUUUUCCGGAACGACGUCGACGGUAAAGAGAACGUUUGUUCGGUUUUGACCGAAGACGAAAAGUAUUUGGUCGUCAGUACGAAUCAGAAUAGCAUUUACAUUUACGAUCUCGAAGAGGACAAGAUCUUGAGGGAGUUCAUCAGUAACGGUAAGGCCGUAUUUUUGGAUUUGUUCUACAACGACGACAAAUCGGUGCAUAUACUCCUAGUGGGAUCCGAUAAGAAGAUCGUCGAACAAUGCAACAUACAGCCGGAAUAUUUCGCGAGAAACUCGCGUAAAAUACCGGCCUUUACGCCGUUUUUCCGCAGCAAAUCCCCGUUGACGGUUUCCGUUACCAACGAAAGAACUUUAAAGGUGUGCAACGGCUACAGUCUGAUAUCGGAAAGCGAAUCCAUUCCAUCGGAAAUCACGUGCACGUGCUUCUCGUCGAACGGCAACUUCGUCAUAUACGGCUCGAGCACCGGACAAAUCGGUACGUUCGAUCUACGGCUCAAAACCACGAAGAAUCUAUUCGAUCUACCGCAAUUAGUUCCGAUCAAUUCGUUGAAAUGCUUCGACAUAUACCGAGGAAUCGACGAGGAUUUUAACCUCGGAGUCAUCGUAGGAACGUUCGACGACGAUAACAUGUUCGUUUACAACGACGGGACGAUUUGCACGGCAAAGAUUUCGAAACCGGUGGCUUUCAAUCGGGAUAAUUUGCUGGUUGUAAUCGACGUAAAAGGCCACGUGUACGUUUGGAACGUGGAUAGCUGCGAUUUCGUGCGAGCGAUACCGAAGGAUGUCGAGGAUUCGCGAAGAAACUCGAACGAUGACGAGGAGGAGAGGCUCUUACUGUGCGAUUAUUGCGUAAGGCAAUCGUUAGUUUGUACGUACAAGGAGAAUGCGAGUUAUUGUAAAGUGUUUGAAUUGGAUAUCGAUGAAAGCGUUUCGAUCGAAAGAAAUCGCAUUAGAACGUUCGAUGAGAAAAUAAGAUGCCUGAAAUUUUCUGCUAAAGGAGAUUUAUUGGCUGUGGGGACGAAUACCGGUUUGAUACGAGUACACGAUUUAAUAAAGAACCAUCAACUGGCCCUGUUGAACAUCCACGAAUAUCCAGUAGAGCAAUUGAUGUUUGCCCCAUUCGAUGAACCGAUUCUGAUCAGUUUGGCCGAUGAAAUCGCUUUUUGGAAUUUGAGGAUGCGCGAUGAAAAAAAUAAUUUCGACGUACAAUUAAGAAAGAAGAGCAAUUCGAUAUCGAUUUGGUGCAAUCGCACACCAUUAGAAGGAUGCCUUUUAUCGGUGAUCAAGUUAAAGGACAAGGCGAAAAACAUUUGGUCUUCCAAGGAUUUCAAUUCGUUUUUGAUCGAAGAUCAUUCGCGUAACGUCCAUAUAAUGAGCGUAUUCGAACCCAAGUGCAAUCAAACCAAUGGGAAUUGUUGCGCCCAUUUAACAUAA